UUGACGGAGAGAGAAGACAGAUAGAGAGAGAGAGAGAGCGCGAUCGCGAUCGCGAUCGUGAGAGCGAUUUCGAGAGAGAGAUAUCGAGAUCUAGGGAGAGAUUGCGAUAGAGAGAACGAUUGAUGUCUAGCUUGAGCGAUUGAUGUUCGAUUGAGAGGAGGAAUUGCGUUGGAUUGAGAUUCAAUCGAUCUGUUGAGGUAUUUUUGAGUAUGUUGUUAGAUUUGAUUAGUUAUUCAGUUGAUGUACUUUUCAUUUAGUAGUGAUGUAUGUUGCUUUGUGAUUCGUUGUAGCUUUGUGGUGCGUGAGGAGAUGCAGGUUGAUGGAGUCGAGCAGAUGAGGGAAACGGAGAAUUCGUUGAUUUUGUUUUGUAAAUACAAUGGAUUGUGUGCUGGAAUAAAGUUGUCUCGGUCGUCGAGAAUUGGAGAUUUUAUGAAGAUAUUGUGUGGCAAGUUUAGUGAGUUGAGAAGACACUCAUUGCAACUCUUUUAUGCUAUACGUGAUCAUCCUAGUACCAUGUUAUAUAAUGAUGAAGAUUUGGAGGUGAUGUUUGCUGUAGCUGAUAGUAUUGGAUUGAAUUGCAUUGAAGUUACAGUAGUAGAUAGUCGUGGUUUUGGAUAG